GGAGCGGCGCCUCAUCGCCAUGUCACACCGACGGAGAGUCUCCUUGCGUCGGAUUUAAGCAAUCCCAGCGACCGUGCACAUUGAUGUCUCUCCUGUCCGAAUCCACUGAGAGCCUCUUGUGUUUAGGAUGCGUUCUCCUCCUCUCCAUGGCGCGCCGUCCUCCCUUCUCUGCCUGUCCCUCAUUGCGCUCCUCCGUUGGGCUCAGCCCGCUGUGCAAGUCGCUGUUGGCCGCGGAGAAAACGGUGCAGUGGAGGGUUAUGAGAUCACCUAUCCCAGAUGGCUGCAUCCUCACAGGCACAGCAGGUCUGCCGACAGAGAGCAUCCUGCCGAAGCUCAAGUUGUCAUCUCAGCUGAAGGCCAGGAGCUACAGCUGCACCUGGAGAGGAAUGAGCAGCUGUUGACCCCUGGGUAUCAGGAAAUAUGGUACACUCCGGAUGGAAGUCGCAGGUCCUUCUCCCCUAUCAACUUGUUCCAGAGUCACUGUUUGUACCAUGGAGAGGUUGUGGGUGUGGAUGGUUCCAGCGUGGCUGUUAGCACAUGCUCAGGACUGAGGGGACUAAUUUCUUUAAACUCAAGCGUCAGCUACCUCAUUGAGCCUGUCUCCACGGAGACGUCUCAGCACGUUGUUUUCCGAGCCGAGAGUCUCCAUCUACCUCCUAGAAGCUGCCUGCAGCGCCAUAGUAACGAGGAGGCGCUUGGCUCCUUCCUCCAUGGGAUGACAUCACCACAAAGGUCAAGGGAACAAAGAGACCUGAGUCAGAAUAUGAAAUACGUGGAGCUGCUGUUGGUGGCAGACAAGGCUGAGUUUAACAAACAUGGGAGUAGUCUCGAGAAGACCAAACUGAAAUUACUGGAAGCUGCCAAUUUAGUUGACAAGUACUACAAGGCUUUGCGCAUCCGUGUGGCGCUGAUCGGUCUGGAGGUGUGGACCAGCCAGGACAUGAUCAACGUGUCCGACAACCCGCAUAGCACGCUGGCGGCGUUCCUGUCCUGGAGACGCAAACAACUUCACACGCUCCACAACGACAAUGCUCAGCUCAUCACGGGAAAGUCAUUCCAGGGUACCACCAUCGGACUGGCACCUCUCAAAGCCAUGUGCUCUGAAUACCAGUCUGGGGGCGUGAACACAGACCACUCUGAGUCAGCUGUUGGCGUCGCCGCCACCAUGGCGCAUGAGAUGGGCCAUAACUUCGGCAUGAGUCAUGACAGCACUGGGUGCUGCCAGGCCAAAGCAGAGGAUGGGGGUUGCAUCAUGGCAGCUGCUACAGGGCACCCGUUUCCACGAGUGUUUAACACUUGUAACAUGCGGGAGCUGCAGAGCUACUUGAGCUCUGGAGGAGGAAAGUGUCUCUUCAAUGAGCCAAACACCAGAGCCAUGUAUGGAGGACAACGCUGCGGCAAUGGCUACCUGGAGGAUGGGGAGGAAUGUGACUGUGGGGAAGAAGACGAGUGUACUAGUCCCUGCUGUAACGCAAACAACUGCACUUUAAAAGCUGGAGCCGAGUGCGCCCACGGUGUCUGCUGUCAUAACUGCAAGAUGAAGAGUCCAGGGGUGCUCUGUCGAGCCCCCUCGGGCCAGUGUGACCUGCCCGAGUACUGCGAUGGCAAGGCUGAGUCUUGCCCAGCUAACUUCUAUUUGGUGGAUGGCACAUCAUGUGCGGAUGGGAAAGCUUACUGUUACACUGGCAUGUGCCUCACGCUGGAGCAACAGUGCCGCUCACUUUGGGGACGAGAUGGCCGUCCAGCCCAUGACGUGUGUUUUAAGAAGGUCAAUGAAGCUGGCGACAUGUACGGGAACUGUGGCAAAGAUCUGUUUGGGAAAUUCAGGAGCUGUAAGGACAGAGAUGCUAAAUGCGGGAAGAUCCAGUGUUUAUCGUCAGCAUCCAAGCCAAUAGAGAGCAAUGCAGUUCGCAUAGAGACCACAGUAAGUGUGGGCAACAAGAGGGUGCAGUGCAUGGGAACGCACGUGUACAAGCCUGGGCAGAGAGACGAGGAGGUGCAGGGAGACACUCUUGACCCAGGCCUUGUCAUGACAGGCACCAAAUGUGGCGAUGACUCAAUUUGCUUCGAUGGCGAAUGCCGUAAUGCAUCUUUCCUCAGAGCUGAUGACUGCCAUACCAAAUGUAAUGGACAUGGGCUGUGUAACAACAACCACAACUGCCACUGUGAGAGUGGCUGGGCCCCUCCUUUGUGUAACCAGAGAGGGCCGGGCGGGAGUCCGGACAGCGGACCUGUCAUCAGUCACAGUAGCCUCCUUCCAGUCCUGCUGGUCCUUCUUCUGCUUUUCUUUGUUCUGUUGGCUGUUGGACUUUGGUGUUGCUAUAAACAUAAACUCCAGCCACUUAAAACAUCAACUCCACUCUCUGUGCCAAGUUGUUCAAUCCCGGCCGAAGCCAAGCCUCUUCAUGCAGACGGUCAUGUGAACGGUCACACCAACCCAACAUUCUUGCUUAAGAAACAAGACUCGGACCAACAGGGAAAGUCCUCUCCACAUCUGAGCCGGGCGUAUCCAAGCCGGCCCAAACAUGCUGCCGUGCGUCCUGCCGUGAAGCCCCCACCUGUACCAGUGCAUGCUGCUCAGCAGAGUGGGCCACAGAAUCUUAUCCAGAGACAAUCCCCACUUCAAAGCCACAGUCCCGUUAAACCUGAGCUGAGGCAAAAGCAGGCUCCACCGCCACCUUCGCCUGCACUUUCACCCUCCGCACCCCGACCAGAGCCACCUAACAGGCCUCCGCCACCUUGUCCUGGCAGCAAAGCGCCAGCGCACCAAUCGAGAGGCCAACCUGUCCCCACUGAUGUGCUGCUGAAGGGAAAGUCUGCUGAACAGAAAAAGCCAAACAGAUUUUGAACCAAAAGCUCAGGGAGAUGUUGAGGACCAAUUUGAUCGCAUUAACAUAAUGUCCAUACUUGACACCCUGGACCUGUGGACUGCAUUCUAUUUAUGCGGUAGCCGUGUGGAAAUAAAUGUGAAUGAUUUCAUAUGUCAGCAGUGUUGUAAAAACAGUAUUUAUUCCCAAAGUGAAGAAAAAAAUGAAAUGAAUGUUUACAGUAUCGACUAAACAUGGUGCCUCUGAAAGAGCGUCGGCUGUAAAUGGAUGUCUUACAUUAAGAAAAUAUGAUGCCAGUACUGAAGUGGUUAUGCCUCUUUUUUGUGAGUAAUAUUGGGAUUUUAACUGGACUCAUGAAACAGUUGAUAUGCAUAUGAUCUCAUUUUUAUAUUAUUUUGGAAGGCCAUUCUAUAUUUUAUGUGGAUUUUGUUUUUAUAGCUUUAUUUUAAAACCUUUGUACAUACAAUAAAUAUUCUGUAUAAUAUUGCCAUUUCUACAUUCUACUGGUAAUGAGAAUUUUGUUUAACCCAAAACCUUGGUCCACACCAAGAGUUUUAUUUUAUUCAUUUUAUUUUUUAUGAUGUUAAACCCUCUUGACGUGCACCAUGAUUUUAAUUUAAUCAAAUUUGGAAUCAGUGUAAAUGAAGAUUACAUGUUGCUUGUCCUUCACGUACAGGUACAUCUCAAUAAAUUAGAAUAGUGUCAAAAGCUUAAUUUAGUUGGGUACUUAAAUUCGAAAUAUACAUGAACUACACACAGAAUGAAAUAUUUCAUGAUUUAUUUUUAAUAUUCAUGUAUAAUUUUAAUAAUUAUAGUUAAAACCCCAAAUUCCUGAUCUUCAGAAACUAGAAUAUCAUGUAACAACCAAUGAAGAAACAAUCAAAAUUAUUUUUAAUGUAGAAAUUGGGCAGGAAUUUGCCCUCUGAAAAGUAUUUUCACAAGAGUUUAAUAAAUCAUCAUAAUAUAUGAGUACUGAACUCAACCAUCUACCAUAUUCUACUUUAUUUGAGAUGUACCUGUAUACAUCAUUGCCAAUGGUAAGCAUUGCAAUAGGGAAGUGUCAUAAUUAAGGUACUAUUAAAGACUUUGGGAACUAAGUAACAUGGAAACAGAGUUGGCAUAUUGUGUCCUUUCCGAAGAUCUAUGCAAACUCAGGCACUGUAACAUUGAAUUUCCA